AUGCCAGUACAAGUUCAAACCGAAGAGUCCUUCCACAGCAACGUCGUAUUGAAGUACACCGACGUGAUUGGAGAGAAGUUGGGAGGAGCAAUUGUGCGAUUCUCUGACGAGUGGUUUGCAGCCGCAGAGAACUUGAUCAAGCCUAAACCUCCAAUUCGUGAUGCUUCCAGAUUCACACACGCAGGGGCUUGGUACGAUGGUUGGGAAACCAGAAGACACAAUACGGAGGAGGCUGACUGGGUUAUUUUCAGAGCUGGCGUUUCUUCGGCCAAGAUCAUUGGCUGUGAAGUGGAUACCGCAUUCUUCAAUGGUAACCACGCACCCCACAUUUCUGUUGAGGGUGUCAAUUUAGUUCACGAGGCCGACUUGAACGAUGAGUCGUUAGUCUGGGAGGAAAUUAUCGAGAAGACCGAGUGUGGACCCUCGCAGAGACACUUUUUCGUGAGACCUCAAAUCACCGAUGCAAGCUACACACACUUCAGAUUGAGAAUGUACCCGGACGGUGGAAUUGCCCGUUUCCGUUUGUAUGGUACUGUGGUGCCAAUUCUUCCUAAGCUGGAGUCAACGAUUAUCGACACUGCUUCAGUGAAGAACGGAGGUGUGGCUGUAAAGGUGAGUGACCAACACUUUGGAAGUGCUGAUAACCUUCUCUUGCCAGGCCGUGGACACGACAUGUCAGAUGGAUGGGAGACCAAAAGAUCGAGAACUCCGGGCCAUGUGGACUGGGUGGCCAUCAAAUUGGGUGCAGUGACUCAAAUCAAGAACAUUGUGGUGGAUACUGCUCACUUCAGAGGUAACUUCCCACAGAAGAUCAAUAUCAAAGCAUUCAACGGCUCUGAAGUUCCAGCAUUUGACUCCGACAAGUGGACAACCUUGGUGAGCGACACUAAGACUGGACCGGAUGCCGAGCAUAAGUACGAAGUGAGUGACGAGAAGGCAUACUCACACGUUCUCUUGACUAUCAUUCCAGAUGGAGGGGUAAAGAGAGUUAGAGUAAAUGGACUUAUCAAGGCUUAG